AUACACUCCGCUGACUGGCCUCUCAUUUGGCAUGGCAUGGCCACUCGUUAACCUCACCGUCGCUUUCUUCUUCCUCAUCUUUCUCCUCUCCCAAUCAUGCCUCUCCAUAUCACUGCCACUCCUCCUCCCUCCACCUCACCCCCGCGCUCGCCCCGCCAUGGUCCUCCCUCUCUUUCCUUCUCCCAAGAAUACCUCUACAACUUUUCCCGACUCUUCUCAUCGCCUACUGAGAUCCGAUUCUAACUCUUCUCAUCCCUACGCUCGCAUGCGACUCUACGACAACCUCCUCAGCCGCGGGUAUUACUCUACGGUUCUAUGGAUCGGGACACCUCCGCAGAGAUUUGCUCUUAUAGUGGAUACUGGAAGCACUGUCACUUACGUUCCUUGCGCUAUGUGUGAAAAAUGUGGUACUCAUCAGGACCCAAAGUUUCAACCCGAGUUGUCCAGUACUUACCAACCUGUAAAAUGCAAUUUGGAUUGCAAUUGCGACAAAGACAGGGAUCAAUGUAUAUAUGAAAGACAGUAUGCUGAAAUGAGUGUCACCAGCGGUAUCCUUGCUGAGGAUGUUAUUUCAUUUGGGAAUCUAAGUGAACUUUCGCCCCAGCGUAUUGUUUUUGGUUGUGAAACUGAGGAAACUGGUGAGCUUUACAGACAACAUGCUGACGGCAUUAUUGGAUUGGGCCGCGGUGAUCUCAGCAUUGUUGACCAGCUUGUGGAGAAAGGUGUGAUUAGCGAUUCAUUCUCAUUAUGUUAUGGUGGAAUGGAUGUUGGUGGGGGCGCUAUGGUUCUUGGUGGUAUAUCCGCCCCAUCAGACAUGAUUUUCAGUUAUUCGGAUCCUGUACGCAGUCCAUAUUACAACAUUGACUUGAAAGAGAUGCAUGUUGCCGGGAAGAAGCUAGAUUUGGACCCAUCUGUUUUUGAUCGAAAGUUUGGAACUGUUUUGGAUAGUGGUACGACAUUUGCAUAUUUUCCAGAAGCAGUGUUUGAGGCGUUCAAGGACACUAUUAUGAAGGAACUUAAUAGCUUAAAGCAGGUUAGCGGCGCUGUUCCAAGUUACAAUGAUACAUGCUUUUCUGGUAUUAGCAGUGAUGUCUCUCAACUCUCAAAAACUUUUCCAACAAUUGAACUGGUAUUUGAAAAUCAGCAAAAAUUGUUGCUUACACCUGAGAAUUACUUGUUUCGACAUUCAAAGGUACAAGGUGCAUAUUGCCUUGGGAUCUUCCAAAAUGGAAUGGACCCAACUACCCUUCUGGGAGGAAUCAUUGUGCGGAAUACUCUUGUUACAUAUGACCGCAAGGAUUCAAAGAUCGGUUUCUGGAAGACUAAUUGUUCUGAGCUAUGGGAAAGGCUUCAUGUAACCAGUGCACCAUCACCAUCACCAUCACCAUCACCAUCACCAUCACCAUCACCAUCACCAUCACCGUCACCAUCACCAUCACCAUCACCAUCACCAUCACCAUUUCCAUCUCCAUCUCCAUCUCCAUCUCCAUCAUCUUCAAGUGGGAAGGAAAAUUCAACCUUUGAAAUGCCACCUAUAUCAGCUCCUGAGGAAUCACCUAUAUAUGCUCUUAUAGGGGAAAUUGAAAUUGGUGAAAUUUCAUUGGAUUUGGCAUUGAACGUCAACCACUCAUAUCUAAAGCCUCGUCUUGUCAUGCUUCUUGAGUUCAUGGCUAAGGAGCUAGGCGUUAAUGGUUCACAGGUCCAUUUAUUGAAUUUUACAUCCGAAGGAAACAUAUCUUUUAUUAAAUGGUCCAUAGUCCCUUCAGGAUCAGCAACCUACAUUUCUAAUACUACUGCAAUAAAUAUAAUAUCUCGGCUUGCUGAACAUCGUGUGAUGCUUCCUGAUGACUUGGGAAAUUAUCAGUUGGUGCAAUGGGAAGUGAAGCCUCCUUCGAAACAAACAUGGUGGCAGCGGCAGUAUCUGGUGGUUCUUUUGGGUAUUAUGAUGUUUAUUAUUGCAGGAUUAAUCGCUUCUGGAAUAUGGCUAUGGAGUCGCAGACGACAGCCUCAGAUUCCAUAUCAACCGGUUGAUGGAGCAGCUAGAGAACAUGAACUCCAACCCCUGCAGUCUUAAAAAAACCCUGAAAGAAAGAAUUUUUUUUUUCAGACAGAUUUGGGGUAUGGAUUCUGCACCCAAUACAAUUCAUUGCUCCACAGUUUUGUUGGAUGAGGAAUCUUCGCUUUCUUUGCUUUCUAGAAGAAAAAAGAUAUUAAAUUAAAUAAACGCAACAUCCAAAGCAAGACUUUUUAAUGGGUCAAAACUGACGGAUGCUAAUUUCAAUUUUGCCUUACGAGUGAGUUCGGACCACACCUGUUUUCAAACAUUGACUUUCAAUUUUUGUAUUUACUGUUUAUUUAUUAUUCUGAUGUAUCAACUUGGA